AUGGCUACCAAGAUGGUCCUGUGUCGCUUUGUGGCCUUCGCGGCUCUCGCCUGCCUCCUCCGCCCUGGCGCGCCCGUCGAGCUCCACCGAAAGCUCUCCGGCUGGUCCGGCGACGCCGGCGCGACGUGGUACGGCGCAGCCACCGGCGCCGGGAGCGACGGUGGUGCGUGCGGGUACCAGAACGCCGUCGACCAGCCGCCGUUCUCGUCCAUGAUCGCCGCCGGCAGCCCGUCCAUCUUCCAGAACGGCGAGGGCUGCGGCUCCUGCUAUCAGGUUAAAUGCGACGGCAACGCAGCAUGCUCCGGCCAGCCGGCGACCGUGGUCAUGACCCACGAGUGCCCCGGUGGCGUCUGCCUUGCCGAGGCGGCUCACUUCGACAUGAGCGGCACCUCCAUGGGCGCCAUGGCGAAGCCCGGCAUGGCCAACAAGCUUCGCACCGCUGGUAUCCUAAAGGUCCAGUACAAGAGGGUGUCGUGCAAGUACAGUGGCGUAAACAUCGCCUUUAGGGUGGACUAG